AUGCCAACCAUACCCAACACCCGCGACCUCCCCGCGCCGCAGCCCGACAGCCUUGCGCCUCGCGAUCCUGGCGUCUCUUCCCUGCUAAGCCGGGAACCCGCACUAGAAGUGAAGGAGGACACAGUAAUCGCUCUCAAUGCGCUCGAAGGAAGAUCAUUCAACAAACGCGACGUUGUCCCCGGAAUCAUCCCCACAUACUACAGCACCAGUGGCCCAACCCCAGGCACCGUUGUCGGCAUCGUCCUCGGCAGCGUCGCAGGAUUCCUCUUGAUAGUGUGGCUCCUCUGGUCGCUUACAAAUCUGUCGGGCCGCUCGGCAAUUGCAGGAGAGGAAGAGAUUGUGGUUCGCAGAAGGCGCGGAUCGCAUUCACCACAUUCGCGUCGCUCGCGCCGGAGCACCCGCACCGAGGUGCGGGAAUUCAGCAGGAGCCCAAGGAGGAGAGAGCACAUCAUUGUCGAUGAGAGAAGAGCGGGGCCGCCGCCGCCACGGGCACGCAGUAUUAUCGUCGAGGAGAGAAUCAGGGUGCCGAACGAUGAUGUGGUUGAGGUAAUCGAGGAACACGAUGAUUACCGAACACGGAGGGGCAGUCGCAGGAGCGGAAACUAUAGGUGA